UAUCAGCAAGUCAAGCACACUGUAAACUAUAGCAGAGCUUCCACAUGGCAUUCAGUAUCAUGUCAGCGUUUGUCUGGCUUAACAUGAAUCUGUUGCUAAUUUUUAUGCUAAAAAUGGCAGAUCAUUAUACUCCAAUUUUAGCUGCUGCUGCUGGUGACAUAGAAGGUGCUCUUCAAGAGCCAACAGUGCCCUUGCUCAAUUAUUUAAAAGUUUCAAAGUUUUCUGAAGGGUAUGCCAAUCUUUGGGGAGGCCAACACCAAAAUGUUUCAAAUGAUGGUUACUCUGUUACAAUCAGAAUAGAUAGGUCAUCCGGCAGUGGGUUCAAAUCAAAAGAGGCUUACAUGUAUGGCUUCUUCAAUGCUGCUGUUAAACUCCAGGCAGGGUAUACUGCAGGGAUCAUCACUUCAUUCUAUCUUUCGAACAACCAAGUUUAUCAAGGAUGGCACGAUGAAAUAGACAUGGAAUUCUUGGGAACAAUACCUGGAGAGCCAUACAAAUUGCAGACCAAUGUUUAUGGCAACGGUACAGGAGAUGGAAAUCUGAUCGGUAGAGAACAACAAUUUCAUCUAUGGUUCGACCCAACUCAGGAUUUCCACAACUACAGCAUUCUCUGGACGCCUUCUCAAAUCCUAUUUUUGGUGGAUGGUAUCCCCAUAAGGAGGUUUCCUAAAUCAGAGAGCCUUGGAGUGAUAUACCCAUCAAAGCCAAUGUCUGUGUAUGCAACAAUUUGGGAUGCGUCUUCAUGGGCCACAGAUGGAGGGAGAUACAAGGCCAAUUAUAGCUAUGAGCCCUUCCUUACCACUUUCUCCAACUUCCAAACGAUUGGAUGCAAUGACAAGGAUAACUACUGUUCCAAAGUGCUCAUAAAUAACUGUUUGGUUUCCCCGCAUCUGAACAAAAAGCAAAUCGUUGAUCUGAAAUAUGUCAGGCAGAAUUACAUGACGUAUGACUACUGCCAGGAUCUGCAGCGGUAUCCCAAGGGCACCAUGCCUGAAUGCUCAGCACAAGAAGGCCACUUAGAAGAACUGAAUGUUCCACAAAAUCAACAGAAGUUAGGACGCUUAAAAUAACAGAAAGGAAUAUCUAAUCGUAAUAAUGGCAGUGUUUAUCCAGCAUACUGGAUGUGUAUUGGACUGUAAAUAACUCUUAAAUAAAGUUACGUAAAAGACAUUAUAUAGAUAUGUAAAAACUAUCGUAAUAAUGGCAGUGUUUAUCCAGCAUACUUGAUGUGUAUUGGACUGUAAAUAACUCUUAAAUAAAGUUACGUAAAAGACAUUAUAUAGAUAUGUAAAAACUAUUGGGAGAUUAUUAUUUUUGUAUUAUAUUUAUCUCAUAAUUGAGUUUAAAAUUGAUCAUUUAAAUUUUGUUUGAUUAUUUAAAAAUUUAAAUUAAAAUAAU